GAACACUCCGGUUUCCCGCGCUUUGUGAGUGGCUGUUUGGUUCGGCCAUCGCCGCGUAUUAAAAAGUUAACGUGGGAAAAUUCGUUCGGGAAUUAAAAUGAAAUAAUUGUGUUUUUUUAGUGAAUGUGAUGUCGUGGUGUUAAUUUAGCUAAAGUUGAAGCGAUGGGGUCAGGCGCAUCAGUGGCAGUAGACACGCCGGGUGGCGACCUCCGUCUGCCAACCUCGGGCCUAAAGUUCAACAUCAACCAGCUGAGAGCGCUCAACGGCUAUGUAGACUCGCUUUAUGAUGACGACCAAAAAGAUCGAAUGUCAACCGAGAUGGAGAGCGCAGUAGAGAGCUUGGUCCAGAGGAUAGUGGACGGCGCCGGGCAACGGGACCCCAGGUUCCGAUGCUGUCAUCUCAUCGCAUUGCACAGAGGCAAGAAGAUGCGUUCACGUUCGCUGGAAUACCUGGUGACCCUCGACUCUUUGUCAGUCCUUAAUGAUGGGAACGAAGACUGCUGUCUCCAAGAGGGGCCAACAGGCUACGGAAGAGUGCGUCUCACUGGCAAGGAGGCUGAGAAGUGGGAGGAGUUCCUGACGCCUUCAGGAUAUUUGUGCAGAGACAAAGUCCUAGAACGAUGGGUGGAGCUGAUCGCGCGCUGUGCGCACGCGCGUGGUGGCGGUGGCUCACGUGUGCUCUGCGCAAGGGCGGCUGCGCGUGCCCACCCACACAAGUACUGCUACUUAGAGAGGGCCUCCCCACCUCAGGCCAUGACCGACCGUCGCCUAGCCAUCGUGGAAGGCGCAGCUUGGGUGAUGGUCCGUGUCGGUGCUGGCGAAGCUGAAGCGAAGCUCAUGCUGGGAGCCAGGGUCGGUGGCGUGAGUGCGGCCGCUUACACCUGCCGCGUGCCGCUUACAAGCCCACUCGCGUUAUUACACUAUACAGCUGCAAAUCAGGGUUACUACGCAACAGCAGUGGGCCCACCUUCAAACAUGACGUGCGUUGAACGAGCAGCUACCUGGCAGCUAUGGCACCCUUCGUUAGAAGCAACCCUGGACGCGCACUUCUCUGAACUGUCCACUAUAGCGAGGGUAGCUGGUGCCCUCAACUCGCUGUUGGAUAAGAUGAGGGAAGGGAUAUAUCAGGGUUCCCUCCGCGGUGUGAGCCGCUACAUGGCGCAGUGCGCGCUGCGCCGGCGCGUGGAUCGCUGCGCGGCGCACAGUCAGGCCGCCGCGCGAUUGGUUGCGCAAACUCAUGCGUCGCAUCAUCUGCUGUUGGUUCUGGACUCGUUGUUAGCGGUAUGUGAGCGGGGAACAACAGCAGGCUACGUUUAUCCCGUAGACCGAGCUGCGCUGGUGAGGCGAGGGGCACGCGGCGCGGACUGGGCUGCCGAUGCAGCUACGAUUCGACGGUGUAUCAUGGACUUGCAUCGUCUGCCUGGGUCCGAAGACAUCCUGCUUACGCCCUCCGAGUCCCUGGAAUCGGUACUGUUUUCUCGCUGGGAGCACCUGAACAGAGUUCCGAAGCCUACGACUGGGGUCCCAAGCUUCACCAGGCGUCAGUUGAUGUAUCUGUGGAGAGUCGCCAGCGAGCUGGUGGCUUGUAAGAACAUGGUGGUUUGUGAAAACCACAGUACAUUCCGUGCCAACUUGCUCCAAGUGACCUCGCAGCACGAAAACAUAGAGCAACUGAUCCACAUCCUGGCGAUCAUGCUCGAUCAAGCCCGAGACCUGUAUCUGAACAACAUCGAGACCAGAAGUCUGGGAGAGUUCGACAGAGAUACUUCCACUUAUAGGUCAAAGAAAUGGAACAAGCUAAAGGACUACUACGAUGCGUCUUCAGCAUGUUUGAUCGACGCAGUCAGACGGGACCCGGAGCUACGGACAGAGAAUUUGGACGACCAACUCAAUUUAAUGAGGAAUGUGCUCAAUUGGCUUUAUAAAGGAGUCAAAGACGACAAGAAAUACCUCAGCCCAGUCCUCAAGCCAUACCUCGAUACCCUCUUCACCGGAUCCCUAGAAAACUCCUGGUUCCUCGAAGAGUUCGACACUAAGAAGAGUGAAGCAGAGUUCCAAGGACUUAAGGAGUACUGUACUGGUGUCCAUGAUGGGGCGAUUGAGCCCUGCCUUGGACUGUUGGAUGCAGCUAAGAAGCUGGCUUGGGCUAAAGCUAUGGUGGAUUUUGUGGACAGAUAUAAACAUAUCGAGUUUCGACUCGUCUUCCCAACUGGCGAGGGCAUGGCGGUGUCAUAUCCGAUGAAACUACCAAGUCGAAGAGAACACAGUGCCGCUAGAGAACUCACAUUAAGCCGGAGGGAUAAGUGCGAGGCUAAGCUGCGGUUAGCUCGACGGAGUGUGCUUGGGGCCUUUACUGCGGCCCUUGUAGGGGACAAACGCACAAAACAGCAUAUGAGCCGGCACGGCAGCUCUGAUGAAAUCCUGGCCAGCGUGAAGAAAGGCAACUAUUGGAGGAACAAUACCAAGCCUGACGUCAUCCCCUCCACUUCCGUCCAGGAUCUGUCUUCCAUAGACACCCUUCCAAAAUCGCGGCGAAGAUCUCGCCGAAACCGGCCAGCAACCGCCUAUGGCUUCCCAGAAAUCUCCAUCACCAAGCAAUCAGACACCAAAACUAUGCGGCGCAAAUACCACACCCUGAAGAACCUGGUGUAUUCAGAGCCGGUGGAGAAUAUUAAGGAGCUGAGGAGAAGACCGAGGUCUGCUGGGUCUACUGUGAGGAAUAAGGAGGGGCUUAGUAGACCUAGUUUGAUGGAGACGCUCGAUUUUAUUAAUGGCGUCAAGGAUGCGCUUUGUGUUGAGGAAUCCGGUACUUCAGACGCUGAGGACACAGGAUGGUCUCUAAGCGACGAGUGGCUGGUGGGACAGACGGCGCCGCUAGCUAUGACGGCGACGCGCUGCGGCUGCCGCGCGUUGCACGCCGCGCUCGCCGACUUGCUGCCGGCGUUGCUGCUGCGACGACAUUUUACCGUACUGCAGGAGCUCUGUUCGUGGCUGGGGGACUCCAGUGAGGGGGCGCUGUUCGCGCUCCAUCGACUGGCGAGGGCGGCUCGCUCUAGAAGCAGCGAGAGGAUUGCCAAUUCCUGGAAGCUUCCAGAACUCGAAGGGACGACAGAAGCUCCACAGACAUACCGAGCCAGGCCUCCAGAUUACGUGUCAGAGGACGAGGCGCCGCAGCCACCGCCGCUGCCGAGGAGAUCUAGUAGAGAUAAACAGUUCACAAAGCGCUACACAGACUACCUAUCGCCAAAGCUUGAAGCCCUAGAAACCCACCUUACCCAACUAGAGCUGGCCACUCGCCAGAACAACUAUACGGGCGUGCUGAAUCCCGUAUACGACGAGAAAAUACGGGACAAAUUCAACGUGAAGAGGUCCAAGUCGCUGGGCCGGAGCUUCAGCAAGACCAAGACGGGCUUGGAGAUUAACAGGUACAACAUUACUCUGAGCCGCCGCUCCGGCGAGCGGACCAACGACGUCCUGUCGGCGAUCGCGGGCACCACAGACACCGGCUUAGGGUACAAGGGGAAUUUCUUCCAGAGAUACAACGCCAGUGUCGUCGGCGACUCGUAUAAGGCGAGCAGGGUUACGAUAGAUUAAGUUUCGAUUUUCAUCAUAUAAAGUAGGCCUCUUGUGGCCCACUGCAUAGGCCUCCCUUUAUGUACGCCAUCUUAUCCAGUAAUACCCGGGUGUAACAACGCUGUCUUGUUGGUUGGUUACGGUCUCCUGGGUCACUCUUUAAAUCUUAGUUUUUGUCGUAUUUAACAUGCAUUUUUAUGGUCGUUUCCAUAAAUGACCAUUAACUAAGCAUGUUAGGUAGGAGUAGGACAUGGCACCAUUGUCCCCUAGCUGACAAAUAACAACUAGAAACUGACUAAACAGUUGAUCCAGGGGUCCCGCGAGUUUUCUUACCCACCCAACGAGCUAACAUUUAGUUAACAUUUUGGUCCACCUGCCAUCACUCUGCCUGGCAACAUGUCCCGUCCGUGAGUUUUCGAUUUAAUAUAAUAAUAUGUUAAGUUUAAAAUGUUUAUUUUGUUGUUAUAAUAAUAUAAACUAAAAUCCGUUAAAAAUAAUACUUAUUUCGAGUGAAGUUUAAUUUAUUAACAUGAGUGUUUAUAUAAAACUAGCUGUUGCCCGCGACUUCGUCCGCGUGGACUCUUAUCUUGAACAUUUUAUAUCUUGAGUAGGUACCUAUAAUUUUCAUCGAUACUUACAAACUUUAUAAUACAAACUUUUAAUAUAAUGUUAAUGCCCUUUUACCAAGUUUGAAGUUCCUAGCUUAGGUACCUAACCUAUAAUAUUCAUCGAUACUUACAAACUUUUAAUAUAAUGUUAAUGCCCUUUUACCAAGUUUGAAGUUCCUAGCUUUAAAUAAAAUGUGCACCCCAAGAUGAACUUUCAUCCCCUUUUUAACCCUCUUAGGGGUUGAAUUUCCAAAAACGUUGCAAUUACUUUUUUUUUGUAAUCAGCUAUUACUUCUUUCUUAGAAGUGUCAAAGCAUUUGUAAUGGAUUCAAACUCUCAACCCCUUUUUAACCCUGUUAGGGGAUGAAUUUUACAAAACGCUAAAAUCACUUUUCCUGUCUUUUAAUAGUAUCCCCAAAUACAAAGAUUCAAGUCCCGCGUUCGAAAAAUUUUUUGAUAUCCAAUAUCCAUACAAACUUUCAACCCCUUUUUCACCACCUUGGGGGAUGAAUUUUCUAAAACGCUGAAAUUAGUUUUCUUGUAUUUGAAUUUGAUACUUUUUUACAUAGUUUCAAGUUCCUAGCUUAAAAUAAAAUUUGCACCCCAAGACGAAAUUUCAUCCCCUUUUUAACCCCCUUAGGGGUUAUAUUUCCAAAAAUGUUGCAAUAACUUUUUUUUGUAAUCGGCUAUUAUGCCUUUCUAAGAAGUUUCAAAGCAUUUGUAAUGGAUUCAAAUUUUCAACCCCUUUUUAACCCUGUUAGGGGAUGAAUUUUACAAAACGCUGAAAUUACUUUUAUUGUCAUCUAAUAAUAUCCCAAAAUACAAAAAUUCAAGUCCCGCGCUGGAAAAAAUGUUUGAUAUCCAUACAAACUUUCAACCCCUUUUUCACCACCUUGGGGGAUGAAUUUUCAAAAACGCUGAAAUUAGUUUUCUUGUAUUUUAAUAAUAUAUCUUUUUACGAAGUUUCAAAUUCCUAGCUUAAAAGAAAACUUUAACCCCAUACAAACUUUCAUCCCCUUUUUAACCCCCUUAGGGGUUGAAUUUCUCAAAAUCGCUUCUUAUCUCUUGUACACUUUAUAAAUUUAAUCUGGUGUGCAAAUUUCAACUUUCUGGCUUUUGUAGUUUCGGCUCUGCGUUGAUGAAUCAGUCAGUCAGGACACUUGCAUUUAUAUAUAUAGACUAAAGAUUAUCUGUUUCAUAUAUGAGUACAACAGUAAAUAAAAAUGUAUUUUAAAUAUGUAGUUCUAAAUCAUGUGUAUAGAAUAAUAAAUAUUAUAUAAAACAAGAACAAUCGCCUAAUAAAGUGUGUAUCAUUAAAAAAUGA